GCCUGCUCGGGAAAAGCUCAGUCAUGUUACGGAGUAGUGGGCUACACGGAUAUAGGCCGACAUACCUCCAGUUUGUCUGGAAGUGGGAGCCAAUGUUGGGUGAGGGGCCUACUGUGACAACUACCUUAGACUAUACCCGUCACGAUGAAGAGUUGAGAUUGAGGGUUGACGUUGAGGGGGGAAGAGAAAAGGAGAUGAGGACUGAUCAGAGACUACAACUGGCAAUCACGGAGGCCAAGGACAGAGCCGAAAGAAGGUGCAGAAGGGAUGGGGUCACUGAUGAGCUAAAGGUGACCGUUUCUUACCUGGACGUGGGGACCUCGACGGACACAGUGGAGCGUGAGCAGCUGCACCUGGACCAAGAUUCAGAGGCGGAAAGUGAGGCUAGUGACCGGGAGAUUGACCUCCAGUCCUGGAACAGACCGGACCAGUGGGCGGACAAGGCUGCGUACGACGAGACCCUGACGAAGUUGGCAGGGCUGUUCAGUAACAACUUCAAGAAAUUCACCACGCACAGCGUGGGCGGCGACGAUGAGCUCACCAAGCGCAUCCUCGCAGCUGGCCCGCAGCUGUAGUUCCGAUUCAGCACCUCAUUUUGGGUGCCUCCCGCCGUCAUAUUCAUUGGGCUCUGUCGCAAUAACUGUUGCCAUCCAACACAUUCAGAUUUCGGCACAGGCUAGCUAUCAAGUGACUCAAGCCGUCUAGGGUUUAUCCAUUUCGUUUGUCCGCAUGUCUGUAGUAGUAACUAUCACAGCGGUGCACUGCUGUAGUCAAAGCGAGCCCUCCACCGCGGUGGGAGUGAACGGAUUUUUUUGCCCCCCAGGGCGUGGACAUUCCUUUUCUGUUGUCUCCUGCUUUAGGCAGGCGCUUACAGUGUUUAGAGC